CUCAGGACACACCAGCACCACCCAUUCCUUCACCUGUUCUUUCAUUCCACAUGAAAGAGCCUAUGGAGCUGUGGGACCUGUGCUCUCUGCAGGGAUUCCCUACCCCCACUCCACCCUGGCAAAGAGGAAAUAGCCAAGUAGGAGACAGGGAACAAAGUCCUAUCACAGGGAAGGAGAGAAUGUGUCUGCAGCAGCUGGACAGAGAGAAAAGGCCGGUGCCCUAACAGAAGCACCACUCAGAGCUGGUCUGCCAUGGACACCCUGGUCCAACUCCUGCAGCUGCUGGUGCUGCUCCUGACCCUGCCCCUGCACCUGAUGGCUCUAUUGGGCUUCUGGCAGCCCCUGUGCAAAAGUUACUUCCCCUACCUGAUGGCUGUGCUGACUGAAAAGAGCAACCGCAAGAUGGAAAGAAAGAAACGGGAGCUCUUUGGCCAGAUAGAGGGGCUUAUGGGAGCUUCCGGGAAGGUGGCACUGCUGGAUCUGGGCUGUGGCACUGGUGCCAACUUCCAGUUCUACCCACCUGGCUGCAGAAUCACCUGCCUGGACCUGAACCCCCACUUUGAGAAGUUCCUGACAAAGAGCAUGGCUGAGAACAGGCAUCUCCAAUAUGAACGGUUUGUGGUGGCUCCGGGAGAGGACAUGAAACAAUUGGCUGAUGGCUCCAUGGAUGUGGUGGUCAGCACCCUGGUGCUGUGCUCUGUGCAGAGCCCGAGGAGGGUCCUGCAGGAGGUCCAGAGAGUGCUGAGGCCGGGAGGCAUAUUCUUUUUCUGGGAGCACGUGGCUGAGCCGCGUGGAAGUUGGGCCUUCCUGUGGCAGCAGGUUCUAGAGCCCACCUGGAAACACAUUGGAGACGGCUGCUGCCUCACCAGGGAGACCUGGAAAGACCUUGAGAACGCCCAGUUCUCGGAACUCCAAAUGGAGCGACAACCCCCUACCUUCAAGUGGUUACCUAUUGGACCCCACAUCAUGGGAAAGGCCGUGAAAUAACCCUUCUCUAAGUCCUGCCUCCAGUCAGAACAGUCCCACCUACUGGCCAAGUCUAUCUUCUACUGAGAGGAAUCUAGGCAGAGAGAAGCCAUUACCCCACCACUUCCUCCCCCACCUCUGCCAGGGUAACCUCUAACCUCAAUCCUUCCUUCCACAGUGAAAAAGCUUCAGCCCUAUCCUGACCACAGGGAGGAAACAGUUAUGCCCUGUUAUAUCCUUCCUGCCAAUUCCUGGACUGGGUCUCCCAAUGUUUGCCCACUGACCCCUAGGACAGCUCCCCAUCCCUUUCCCUUGUUCCCAUAGUAGUGUUCCCCCCUCUUUCUGAGACAUACCAGGUGCCUCCAGGGUCUGUUCACAAAAGUUAGGAUACAGGGCCAGCCGAGUGGCGCGAUGGUUAAGAGCUGGCUUGGGAUGCCAGAGGGCCCCGGUUCGGAUCCCACA